CUGAAGACUAGAGAAGAUGCCUUAGAGUGAGUUUUGUUCACUUUACUGACUGACAACCUGAAAAGGAUAUGGCUGGUUUCUCAGUGUGCGUCAUCUUUACCUCUGUCCUCUGUCAGCUCACAGCAACAGCAGAUUCUGGAACACUGAAAGAGGUGGUUGGUGCCCUUGGUGGAUCUGUGACCUUCACUGUGAAUAUCACUGGAAAAGAGGUCAACCAAAUCAUAUGGACCUUCAAGACGUUAUUUCUUGCCAUCAAAACUAAGGACAAGGUCAUAAUGUCAGAAAAUGAGAGAAAAAGGAUAGUCAUUCCAGAUGGAAGCUACUCCAUGACUCUCAGCCAGUUGAGGAAGAAUGACUCAGGUGUCUACCGUGUGGAGAUUCACAUUCCAUCACUUCAGUCUCCCGUCACCCAGGAGUAUGAGCUGCGUGUCUAUGAGUAUCUGUCAAAGCCCAGCAUCACCAUGGAUGGGCAAGACAACAAGAAUGGAACCUGCAGAAUCAACCUGACUUGUUCUAUGAAACAGGGAGGAGAGAAUGUGACUUACAGCUGGAGAACCGUGGGGCAGGCAGUCGAUGAGUUUCAUGAUGGUGCCAACCUCCCCAUCUCCUGGAGCUUGGGAGAGAAAGACAAGACCUUAAUCUGCGUGGCCAGGAAUCCCAUCAGCAACAGUUCCUCGGCCCCCACCCUUGCCCGGAAUCACUGCAAAGAUGCUACCAAGGAUCAAAAUUUACCCAAGGUCUUCAUAUGCGUCAUGCCGGUGUCCAUCCUGCUCAUUGUCUUUCCAGGGAUUAUUUUCAUUACUAUGCGAAGAAUGAAAGAAAAUGGUAAAGCAUGCUGUGGGGAAGACACGAAGAGACUGGACAGCCACCAGGAAAACCCCAACUUCUGCCCUCACACUGAAGAGAAUACAGACUAUGCCACAAUCCCUUAUAUAAGUAAAACAAAUCCAGAAGAAGAUGCAUCAAACACAUUUUAUUCCACUGUGCAGAUCCCCAAAGCGGUGAAGAGUCCAGGCUCCCUGCCUGCAACGCCACACAUGCCAAAGACAUUAAGGUUUGAAAAUGUUAUCUAGAGAGCGCCACUACAUCCUCUCCCUCCAGAAAAAAAAAAAAAAAAGAAAAGAAAAGAAAGAAUUCAGCAUUCUGAGCGAAAAUGCAAAUUUGAGCCAUAGACUGAACGUAAAUAUUUCCCCACCAGACCUAUGUGUUUGCAUACAGAUGUUGGAGACCAGAUUCAAGGGCUUCAGGGAACAAUGACUCUUGGGUAUUGGGACACAUCCCAUUUGCAUUACAUUCUGACAGAGAAUCUAGCUAUGUUCAUCCAGGAAUGGUGAAUGAGGUUGAAUUCGUGGGUGACAGACUAAUUUGUGUGAUGGAGAAAAUUUCAAGACCACACAGCACCUAAGAUGCAGCACAGCCACACCUGCUACAUUUAUCCAUGUUUAGAGUAAGAACUCAAAACAAAGAAAAGGAACUGGAAGGUGUAAAAAGCGUACAAUUUGAUAAGUAACACGAACGCUUGGCAAGUGGGUUUUUUUUUUUUCCAUUUGUACUGUAAUGGUUAAAGAGAUGAGCUCCUUUAAAGAGUAACCCCUGACUUUGCGCUAGGACAAUGGAAAUGGGGCUCUGAAAGCGAGCCCCUGCCUACCAAAAACUUCAAGGUAUGAACUGAACACCCCGCCUGAGCAGCCCGCAUUUAAAAGGAAGAGUGGCUGAACACAGAGUGUCCCACCUGGAACAGCGUUUCUCCAGAGGCAGCUGCACAGGUUCUCAGAGGCUGCUGAACUCCUGACCUGAGGGGGCGUGGCUCUCUCCUGAGGUGGGAGCAGAACAUGGCAACAUCCGCAGGCUGAUGGCUUUGCAGACAUGGCAGAAUGCAGAAGCUGGGGAGCCACUGAGGCCCCCACCAAGCCCCAGAGGACGAAAGCCAGGCGAGGUAUAUCAAGGUUGGCCUUUCUGAGUGGAACUGCUGUGUGAGCCUGUAUGAAGCUGUGAAGGCAACGUUCGUAAGUCACAGUACAGACUCCAGGAUACUGGAGCUGCCAGGAACAUGAGGCAUCUACUGAGAGAAACUAAAGGCACUGAAUACACCCACAAAAGAGGCUAUGGGUGCUUUAGGUAGCAAGGUCAUGGAAACAGGCCUCCUCAGAUCCCUUGGGGCACACAUGAUGACACCAUGUAUCCAGGAUGCCAGAUAUAAAGGUUCUGGAAUGUCUCUCAUUCCUCCCUUUUAGAAUGCGAGUGUUUCCUCUGCCAUUGUACAUGAAAGUAUGUAAGUUUUUCUUUUAUCUCAUAGGAGCUCACAGCUAAGGGUUUGCCCUCCAUCUCAUAAAAGACAUAGAACAUUGGACUGUUAUGACUGAGGACUCUUGAAGUUAGAUGGAAUGCAUUUCGCAGUGUUCGAUGACCAUGCGCCUAUGUGAGCCCAGGCAGGAAUGUUAUAGAUUGAGUCUAAAACAUGCUUUACAGACAGGGUCCUGUCUUUGAACGCUUCGUGUUCAGUUUGGACAGUUGAUAGUGUUAUUUAGGAGUGCUGCAGAAGAGAGGUCCUGCCUGGAGAUGGUGGGCAACAAUCACUUCCGGCUCUGGGCUGAGCCUUCUGCUUCUACCUCAUGCAGAGUCCUGCCCACCGUGAGGUGGGGACGCAGCCACCGCAAACUUUCUCCAACACAGACCACGCCCCUGAGGACAACACGCCUUCUCAUGAGGGUGGAUUGUUAUGUUAUAUCUAGAAUCGAAAAUCAAAACAAGCCUCGUCCCCUAUAAGUUGCUUCUGCUGCUUAUUUUAGCACCGAAACAUACUUCCUGGAUAAGCUCCUUUGGGCUCUGAGGUUCAUUGGCUACUGAGAAUGCCCCUCAAACUCAGAAUCUGUAUUCCUUUCUGCAGAUGCGACCGAAUUUGUCAGUUAGUCCUGAGAAAAAGGCUGAGAGAUGCCUUGGCACUUAAGUAUAUAUUAAUUAAGGUCUUGGGGCAAGAUCUCAAGUCCUAUCCUAUUCCAGAACUUCAGAUCAGGACUAUCCCCAAAAGACUGAUUGCUGGGGCAGAGAGAUGUGGCCAGCACAAGCAAGUUUACCUGUCCAAAAUAAAUGUAUUAAUUUAUUAAUGGAA